AUGUAUUCAACUUCUUGGGCCACCGCUGGGCUCUUGGCCCUAAGUUGGGCUCUCACCCCGGUAUCUGCUCUGUCCGACUAUGCUGCCAUUGAGCGUGUCCAGAGACCAUCUCGCUGUCCUGAUACUUGCUCAAGCUAUGACCCAUCUAGCUGGUUUGUGUACUCAAGCAUGUCUCGAGUGGCGAGGUGUAAUGAGACCGUACUACUUGACUUCAACAUCUACAAUGACCUGAACAACACACAAUCCCAUUCAACUAUCCAUACGUGCGUUGUUGAUGGUUUGAGCAACUUGAGUGGGGGAUCUCAGGGCUUGUCCGCGACAGAAAUUGUCAAGUCGAAUAUCACUUACGUGAUUGGCACCUGGGAUAGCACAACUACCUCGCCUUCUGACUCCUCUGAUAAUGGCUCUUCUUAUCUACUUGAAGAUUUGGCGAAUUAUAUGACUGCCAACAUCCAAAAGUCUUUAAUCUUCGGUUAUUCCAACUCCACUGCUGCGGGAAUUUAUGUCGGUCCAAACCUUCAAAGUUCCAACAAUGUUGAACAGGCUCUGAGGCUUCUCUCUUCAGCCGUACAAAGUGACAGAUAUGGUGCCGUGGUUAUUCAAUACUGUGGUGCCGAUUCGAACCGUACGCUAGGAAUUGCACUUGACCUCAAUGGCGAUAUGACGGCUGUACAAAAGUAUGUCCAAGCAUGGCACAGCGGCGAAUGUAUUACUGGUUUUGAUCAAACUACCUCUGUCAACACGCUGGGGUGGAUGAGGGAAACUGGCAAUAUCAAGAAGACUGCCCACAACAAUGGCACCACUGUUUCCAUUCGAUCACGUCAUGGUCACAAUCAUCUACACCCUCGGACGUCAACAUGCUCAUACGUUCAGGUUGUGUCUGGAGACAGCUGUGCCACCUUAGUCUCUGAAUGUGAUAUCACUGAUGCCGAAUUCUAUGACUAUAACACUGCAUCUGAUCUCUGCUCAACUCUUGCAGUCGGUCAGUAUAUUUGCUGUUCUUCUGGCGCGUUGCCAGACUUCGCUCCCUCCGCAUACUCGAAUGGAACUUGCUAUACGUAUGAUGUGCAGUCUGGUGAUACUUGCUCAGAGAUCGCAGCAGAGAAUAGCAUUACUGUGGAUGAAAUCGACAACUACAAUAAUAACACCUGGGGCUGGUACGGUUGCGAUGAUUUACAGGCCGGCCAAUCGAUCUGCUUAUCUACUGGAAACGUACCUUAUCCCCUCCCAAUCGCUAAUGCGGCUUGUGGUCCCCAAGUGAAUGGAACUGUCUUUAAUAGCAGUGAUUCAUGGGAUUGGGGAGGCUAUAACCCAUGUCCUUUGAAUGCAUGCUGUGACGUGUGGGGCCAGUGUGGAACGACACCAGAGUACUGCAAUGACACCCUUGCUAGUUCAGGUGCUCCUGGAACAGCUGCCAAUGGAUCUGAUGGGUGCAUUUUUAACUGUGGCACAACAAUCACUAACUGGGUUGUUCCUCCUUCCAACUACUCUGCCAUCGGCUAUUAUGAAGCAAGUAGCGUCAACCGAUCAUGCCUACAGAUGUGGCCUGAAUCAAUCGACCUAUCUGAGUGGACACAUGUUUACUUUGCAUUUGGAAAUAUUGCUUCCGACUUUUCUAUUAAUAUGGAUGACAUGGAAGAGCAAUUUGAACAAUUUGUGGCUCUAAGUGGAGUUAAGCGUAUUGUCUCAUUUGGUGGCUGGGACUUUUCUACGGAUAUAGACACCUAUAUGAUCUUUCGCGAAGGAACAGAUGCUACUAACCGAGAUACACUGGCCCAAAAUGUGGCUAACUUUGUGAGCGAUACUGGCGUGGAUGGAGUGGACUUUGACUGGGAAUACCCUGGGGAGCCAGAUAUUCCUGGUAUCCCAGCUGGUAGCUCUGAUGAGGGUGAUAACUACCUUGCCUUUUUGAAGCUUGUGAGAAGCUAUCUACCCAGUGACUCGAUUCUGUCUAUCACCGCACCAUCUUCAUAUUGGUAUCUAAAGCAGUUCCCCAUCUCCGAUAUGGCUGAUGUGGUUGAUUACAUCAACUAUAUGACCUAUGAUCUUCAUGGCACUUGGGACUUGGGGAGUGAAUGGGCUGACUUGGGGUGCACUGCUGGUGAUUGUCUUUUCUCACACAUCAAUAUGACCGAAACCAUGUGGGCUCUAGCAAUGAUCACCAAGGCUGGAAUCGCGACCAAUCAGGUCAUGGUGGGAGUGAGUAGCUAUGGCCGCUCCUUCCAUAUGACGGAGGCCGGAUGUACAGCUUCAGAUUGUACAUGGGAUACUGGCGGUGCCGCUGGUGAAUGCACUGAUACCGUUGGUUAUAUCUCUAACGCUGAGAUCAAUUCCAUCUUGGCCAGUGAUUCUUCAGCCAACUUUACGUCAACGAGUGAUACGGAUUUCAUUGUCUACAAUUCCACACAAUGGGUUGGAUAUAUGACGAAUGAUACCAAAGUUGAGCGACAAGCCUACUAUGAAACCUACAAUUUUGCGGGGACAUCUGAAUGGGCUAUUGAUUUAGAAGCUUUUGUAUCAUCUGAUUCCACUUCCUCAGACUCAGACUCAGAUGAUACUGGGGGACAGACAAUCUACAUUGACCCCGAUCUCUGGACAAAGCCUACUCCUGUGGUGACUUGCUCGCCGCCAUGCUACAUGAUCAUGCCACCCAAGCCCCUCGCCACCAACACCACCAUUGACUUCCCUGAAUGGUGUACCCACAUCAGCUGGCGGGCUACUGAAGUUCAAACAACGACGUUGAUCGAUGAUAGUGUCGAUGUGUAUAGCUUGUUCCCCACCUACACUAUCCCAACCUGCUUGACGAUCCAGCCAAUUCAAACGAAUUAUAUCAAUGUGUGGAACCAACAAAUCACUCCUGGUCAAACGAUCGUCCACCAGACGAGUUCCAUUGAGCCUUCACCAUUCCCUAUCACAUUUAUCCCUACUGUCGGUGGUAAUACUACGGUCAUUGGUGGUACAACUAGCACGAUCUCCGGGGUGGCAUUUUCCAGUGGAAACCUCACCUACACAUCUUCCCCAUACACUGGUGUGUUCGGAGGCUCUACAUCAGUCGUCGGUGGGACAACACUAUCUCCAACGACGUCCACAGUGACACCUCACCCAUAUCCAACCACCACUAACACACCUGAUCCUGAACUAAACACUGUCACAACGACUGUCAAAGCUCAGUCUUCCACAUCUCUCUCCGGACCAUCAUGCCCUGCAUCCUCGCAUUGUGGAGGGCACUGCUGGAUCUUCUGCGUUGGCGGUUGUCCUGAAUGUCCACCAGGAUUUGGGGGAUUUGGUGGAAGUGAAAUUGGAAGCAGUGGGGGUGGUGGUGAAUCUGGUGAAGAAGAAGACUCCUCUACAUCUACAUCUUCAUCCACAAGCACUCCUAUUGGUACCGUAACUGUAUGGGCUGCAGGUGUCUCUGAAAUUGCCGAAACAGGUAUGCCAAGUACGGACGACUUGGCAGAUCUGAAUUCAGUUGGAGAGGAAAUUGGCGCAAAAUUUUCUACUCUAUACGCGAGCGCGCAGUACUCCGCGACAGCAUCUGGAGUUUGGGCUACAGCCACAUCGAAUCCUCUUUGCAUAGAGGAGCAAGAUCCCGACAGUGGAACAGAUGACACCUGGUGCUCUUGCAGUGGCUCAUCCGAAAAAGUUACAACCAUGAGUGGCUCCAGUCCUUGCGGCUACACAGCUCUGCCCACAAUGACUACCUCAAAUGAGUAUCCCUACACCUUUGCUGAUGCCUACGGUGACGCUAUUGCCUGUGCCACAGAAGGGUUUGUGGAUGGAACAAUCUCCUACUGCAGCGGAUCACGAACAACAAUCUCGAUCAACCCUACUGGCGAUCCAUACCCUUAUACCUUUGCCGAUCCUGAUGGAGACAUCAUUGCCUGCGCCACAGAAGGAUUUGUGGAUGGAACAAUCUCCUACUGCACAGGAUCCCGCACUACAAUUAGCACAGCAACUCCAACUGCUACAAGCUAUCCUUGGGCAAUGUGGACAGAGUAUGAAUACGAAGAUGACUGUAUCGAUGCGCAUUGUGUUGAGGUAAUGGAUUCGCACCUAAUGUAUGCUGGACCAGAAGCAUCAGGCAAAGUGUGUGAUUCAUCGGAAUUGUCAGUGGCACAGGGUUCAGGCGGUCUCGGCUUAGGUGGCGUAGCUUCGGUGAUCAAGUUUGAGGAUGGUAUCUGUGGAAGCGGCAUUGCAUAUUGGUGCAAUUCAACCUCGUCGGAUCUCACGGCCUGGAACUGUGCAGAUGCAGACGGGGGCAAUGUUGGUGAAUGCGUCUAUGUACAUCCUGGGACAAUUACUGAUCCAGCUGCUACAUGCUUUGAUUGGAAGAGGGAGGGUGAUACGUUCUACUACAUGACGGCAAAUUGCACGGGUCCUUGGGAAUGCACUUAA